GCUUUAAAACUUUUCAAAAUUUCAUCAAAAUCCCGAAUUUGUGAAUUUUCCCUUUUUCUCUCUAUCAAAAACCCUAGACGUGGAAAAAAUAUCGCAUCUACGGCUACCAAAAAAUGUGAAGGGUGGGCGGAGAAAUUGGCCUAUUUUUUCUUUUUUGGGAGUGAAAUUUGAUCUUUUUCAACAGGAAAAAUUGGUUUUUUGGUGGAAUCUUCAAAACCCUGAAAAAUUUGAGUAGGGUUUAGUGAUUUAGGAUUUGCUUGAGGGAAAUCUCUCAUUUUUGAGAUUGACAAUGUCUCCUAGAAGAGAUAAAAGAAUUGACAGUAGGAGGGAUUCAGAGUUGGAAGAGCUGAAGUACAGGUAUUACAAGGAACUAAGAGAUGAAAAGGUCAGAAUCCGAGGUUCUGGAAAUUAUUUAAGGUGUCCAUACUGUCCAGAUUGUAGACGGAAAGAAUAUGAUUUCAAGGAGCUCAUGAGGCAUUCUUGUCGCAUUGGUAGAGAGUCAAAGAGUUCUAGUUUUAGAGAAAAAGCUAGGCAUUUGGGACUGCUUAAAUACUUGCAACGGAUUGAAGACACAGCAGAGCCGCAUUCGAAUGGAAGAAGCCCAGAACAGAUAUACAGCUGUAAAGACGUUAUGAGCACAUCAUCCCCACGACUUCACAAAAUUGUGCAUUUGGAAAGCGGUAAAACCAUUGGAGCCAGAAGAUCCUCUGGUGAAAGAAAUAGUGUAGAAAUAGAUGAAUACAUUGAAGAUGUUGUCUUGUCAGCUGAAAGAACUGAAAAUGUGGAGACUGACCCUGCUAGUAGGGCCAAAUCAGUUGCAGCACCUGGAAAAAGUACUUUUCCAAGUAUGCCACCUGUAUCCCUUGCUACAUCUUGUGAACCAUCUACUCGCAAUGCCAAAGAAGAUCUUAUUGUUUGGCCUUGGAUGGCUGUGGUUGCAAACAUUCCAGUUGAGCUUAAGAAUGGUAAGUAUGUUGCUGAAAGUGGUAGAAAGCUGAGAGAGGAGUGGAUAAGUAAAGGAUAUAACCCUGUGAGAGUCCAUCCACUAUGGAAUUUCAAGGGUCACACUGGGUUUGCCAUAGUAGAAUUCAAUAGGGAUUGGGAUGGAUUCAAAAAUGCUAUAACAUUUGAGAAGGCUUUUGAAGUGGAUCUACAUGGGAAGAGAGAUUGGUAUGCAAAAAAGCACAAAAAUAGUGGGCUGUUUGCUUGGAUUGCACGAUAUGAGGAGUAUCAUUUGAAGGGGCUCAUUGGAGAUUAUCUCCGGAGAAAUGGAGAUCUGAAGACUGUCUCAGACAUACAAAUAGAAGAUAAAAGGAAAGACACCCAGCUUGUGUGCAGCUUGACUAAUGAACUGGAAGUUAAAAAUCAGAAAUGCGAAGAUAUGAAAAAAAAGAUAAGCAGGACUGAAAUUCUCAUGGGAAAUGUAAUGAAGCAAAAAGAAGAUAUGAUUGAAGGUCAUUAUGAAAAGAUGAAAAAGAUGCAGCAGGACCAUUGUGAGCAGCUCCAACAUGUUGUCAGUGAGCACGAGAAGAGUACAUUAGCCUUAGAAGCUAGGAGACGUGAGCUUCAAAUGCGGGAGAAAGAGUUGAAGUACCGCCAAGCUUUAAAUGAAAGUGAGAAAAAGAAGCUUGAUGAGCAGCAGGAAAUGAAUGAGAGGGCAAUUUUGGAGCAAAAGAAGGCAGAUGAGAAAAUGUGGAAGUUGGCUGAAGACCAAAAGAGAGAGAAGGAAGAGCUUCAUAAACGGAUAAUUGAUUUGGAGGCUAAACUUGAUCAAAAGCAAAAGCUUGAGUUGGAAAUAGAGUGCCUGAAGGGCACUGCAGAAGUAAUGAAGCACAUGGGUGAAGAAGGUGACAAGGAAGCUGAGAACAAUAUGAAUUCAAUUGAAUUAGAGCUCAAAGAGAAGGAAGAGGAACUUGAUGCUUUGGAGGCAAUAAAUCAAGCUCUCAUUGUCAAGGAGAGGAAGACCAAUGACGAAGUGCAGGAAGCACGCAAGGAGCUAAUAAAUGGGUUGAAAGAUAGCCGUGCAUUUAUACAUGUCAAGAGAAUGGGAGAGCUGGAUGAGAAGCCAUUUCACAGUGCUGCUGAGAGAAAAUUUUCGCACACUGAAGCAGCUGAGAAAGCAAUUGAAUUGUGUUCCUUGUGGGAAGAUAACCUUAGGGAUCCAAGCUGGCAUCCAUACAGGGUCAUCAUUGAUGGAGAAAAUGCCAAGGAAAUAAUUGAUGAGAAUGACGAAAAGUUGAAUAGUCUAAAGGAUGAAUACGGUGACGAAGUGUACCAGGCUGUUGUUAAAGCUCUAGAUGAAAUGAAUGAGUACAAUCCUAGUGGAAGAUAUCCUCUGCCUGAACUAUGGAAUUUAAAAGCAGGAAGAACAGCAUCUUUAAGAGAGGGAGUGGAGCACAUAUUAAAACUCUGGAAGGUUAACAAGCGCAAGAGAGCUACGUACACUUGAGGAGAUAUGGAUAUUCAUUUUGGGCUUUUUGUUUCUGUUUAAUGCACAUUGAACGAAUGGAUAGGAAGAAGAGAUAGACUGUAAGGGGGAACGCUGAACAUUGGCUAAAAAUUUCAAUAUCAUGUUAGAGACUAAUUUUCAGUUGCUAAAUGGUUAAUGCUUUGAUUGCAGUUUCU